CCUAUGGAGUUUGUGUUUGUGGGGAAGCCUGUUUAGGUUACACAUCACAGUGCAACAUGAAUUGCAUGUAAUAUAUGAACAAAUUGUAUUUUCAUACAGUCAGAAUGGAUUUUGAGACAGAUGCUGCACUGUCAAAGUCAUCUCUUAACUGUGCUCAAGUUACCCAGCUGAUUGAACAGAUUUAUGGCCUGCACGUUCUUGAAGUCAGAGCUCUUGCUAGUUACUGUGAUCAAAACUUCUGUGUUCGAGUGCAAAAGAAUGAAAUAGCUCAGGCUGAAACCAUGGAGUAUGUGCUGAAGGUAAUGAACUCUGCAGGCAGUCAGAAAAAUGCUGACCUAUUUGAAGUCCAGACACAAGCUAUGAAGUUCCUGAAUCUUAGAGGAUUUUCUUCACCCAUGCCAUUUCCAGCUAAAAAUGGUAGACUGUUGCCAUUGGAAUCAAUUGACUAUGGUGUGGGAAACAGGAAGCAUUUGCUGCGUCUUCUAACAUUUCUACCUGGGACAGAACUAAAAAAAGUUCCUGUAACUUCCCAGAUUUUAUUUGAAAUUGGAAAAACAGCAGCAUUGAUAGAUAAAGUGUUGCAAGCGGAGUUUCGUCAUUCAAAUAUUGGAUGUCUUAAUCGUGGAGACUAUAUUUGGAACCUGACAAAUGUUCCUUUACUUGAAAAAUAUGUUUAUGUUCUGGGUCAAAGCAAAGAACGAGAAGUUGUGGAACAAGUCAUUCAGCAAUUCAAAGAGAAAAUUCAGCCAAAUUUAAACCAGUUCCGACCAUGCAUAAAUCAUGGGGACCUCAAUGAAGAGAAUAUUCUACUGGAGCCAACCAGUGCAUCUGAUAUAACCAAUACUCAGGAAGACUACAGAAUCUCAGGAAUUCUUGAUUUUGAUGAUAUGAGUUACGGUUACUAUGUAUUUGAAGUUGCCAUUAAUAUCAUGUUCAUGAUGACAGAUUUUAAAAAUCCUGUGAGUGCUGGGGGCUUUGUUCUUGCAGGAUUUGAAAGUAUUAUUCCACUGACAUCACAAGAGAGGGAUGCUGUUUUUCUACUGGUAAACUGCAGAUUUUCACAAAUCAUUGUUUUGAACAGAUACCAUGCUUUGCUAUGUCCUGACAAUAAAGACUAUCUGCUUUCUUCUUCAAAAAAAGAAAUAAGUAAUUUGAUACAUUUGUGGAAUAUGGGCAAACAGUAUGUGGAAAAGAUUUGGUUUGGGAUAGCAGAUUCCUACAGCAUCCCAAAUAAUUUAUGAAGAGAAACUACAGUUUUACUGCAGGUGAUCAUGUGAUAGCAGCUGCAGACACAACUGCUUGCUGCCACUUCCUUGAAAAAACAAGAGCAUCAAGUCCUACUAGCCUGAUCACAAUAUCUACUUUGCCUUCCCAACACCAGAUCCUAUAAAACUGUAUAGCCCUGCCACAGCCCUAACUCUACCCCUAAAACUCUCAUCCAGUUCCUAACUCCAGUCAGUGCUCCCUUACCCUAAAACUCAAGCUUCUCCGUAAAUCUAAAUUCCAUUAUUGCUUCCUAAACCUAACACUGCUCCUGCAUUUUAAACUUAAGACUACUAUCCCAUUCCCUAACCCUAAAACUCUCUUCCUGCUCCUUAAAGCUAAGACUACCUUUGUACUCCCUAACCAUAAAACUCCCUUCCUGCUCCUGAAACCUAAAACUCCCCUUCUGCUCUGCAAAUCUAAAAUUUCACUGCCCUAUUCUAUACUCACACCCCUACCCAGUUCCUCCCAUGCCCUUUCCAGCUGCUUCCCUGAACUCCUAUUCAAGUUUGAGUGUGUGCAGCAGCCUAUUCGUGCUACAAGAUGCUCAAGCCGCUGACUUUGAGACACUGCUUUAGGGCACCUGAGGCUCCAGCCCCAUGUAGUAGACCAGAAACUACAUCUGAGGUGUUCCAUGAUAGCAGCUUGAAUGCAAAAAUGAGACACCUAGGUGAUUACUUAUACCAUGAAAUUACUUUGUUAAUUUACCUGUGUUGUAUAGUAUAUAGACACUGGAAGUGUGUACACAGUACAUUCCACAAUGGUAAAUCUUUAUGUUCAUUAAGCCCUAGAUGAUGUUCUGACCUUAUUAGGUAUGUACUUAUCUGGCUUUUCUUAUAAAAAGUUACUGAUCAGAAUUACUGCCUUGUAUAAUAAAGCAUGUUAACUAACCGGAAGUACCCUUUUUUAUUUUACAUAAACAUGAGAAUGUUUCCUCAUUUGCCAGACAGGAAUAACUUUGGAAGGACGAUCUCUCUAGAAAUGACUUACCAUCUGUUACUGGUUUCAGCAGUGUAUAGAACUAACCACUGUUCUAAUAACUUAUAUUGACCAAUGAUGCUGUAUCUUGAAGCAUGCUAUUACCAGAACCAUAAUUAUUUUCUUCUAUCAACACCCUUUCCUCUUUCUGCGUGCAUUUUCUCUAUGGUUUAUAUUUUACAUGUUGAGUGACAAGAUACCUUGAAGUACACAGCACUUGAAUGAGCUUGUCUCAGAAUAAUGGAGCUCCAUGUACUACCUCACCAGGAAUCACACAGUAGUUUGCCAUGUGGUAACAUAUUUUACAGAGUCGUGCAUCUCUAUCGUUUCAGGCCGUUAUUCUGCUCCUUCUGACUUCCCUCCCUGCUCUUCAGUAGUCCAUUUCUUAUGCCUGGAUGUGACUGCCUUUGAGAAUUACUUCCUUUAUCUACUAUCUCUAUCACUGCCAAUUUUUUAUACUAUAUUCUUUCUCCACACGGGGGUUUAAAUAAUGACCGCAAUGUACUUCACUUGCUGGAAAAUAAGGAUUACUUAAAGAUAUGGGCUCUGUCACACAAGUCAUUUUAAAAUGUGAGGAAAUGGGACAUACAGUCACUUUGCGUACAACUGCAUGUAGCGUCAGGAUUAAUUUUAUUUAUUUCUCCUUUGUUGACAGGGUUAUUCCCGCUAGGCUAGUGACCUCUUUUCGGAGACUCAAGAUGGUAUAUACACAACUAGGGGGUUUGGUCACACUGGGGAAGUUCCCCUCCUGUUUACAGUAGGUGCCAUGGAAUCUUUUACAACCACUGGAGCUAUCACCAAGUCAAGCAGAUGGGACCUCAGUUUAACAUCUCAAGCAAUGGACAGCACACUGAGGAGUGCAGCACCAUUCUGCUGCACCGCAGUAACAGUAACUUGAAAACUAAUCCCAUUAUCUGAACUAGGAAAUGUCUGUUACCUGUUUUUUGCUGAUAGUCAGUUCAAAAAAGAUGAAUAAUCCCUUUAAUUUCCCAUUGUUCUCUCUCAAGCUACUGUUUCAUAAACCUAGGCUGUAAUUGCACAUGUAAGCACCUUGAUUCUGCCAUUCCUUUCAUACUGACAAAAUGAAGAAUUAGCAUGAUAUCUUUGUCUGGUACUCUGUUCUGAAGACUAAUCUGUACUAUUGUCUCCUUUAUUCUUGAACAGAAAUCUGUGUAUCCGAUGUAUCAACGUUAAAUGUAUGAUCUAUAGUCUGAGUAUAACAACAUAAUGCAAAAAUAGGAGUUUGAUGAUCUGAUAACAUUAUUCAUACAGGCUAUGUUCAUUUUACAGAUUUUUGAUUCAUUUGUUAAAAAUCUACUGAUUGUAUAUUAUAUUAUCUACUUUUUUUUAUCUCAAAUUGUAAUGAUUUUGUAUUCAAUAAGUGAAUUGUCAUUAACCAUGUUAAUCCCUAAAUUAGUCAUUUGUACAAAUGAUGUUACAUCAGAGCCUGAAUUAUUUCAUAGUUUACUUUUGAUAUGACUGAAUUCUGUAAUUGCAAUAAUUAUGAGCCAUGCAAAAAUAGAAGUCUGGGACCUUGUCAAAAAAUAUGAAAAUACUAACACAAAAUGAUACUCCACACUGCUGUAUUCACAGUAAGGACGGUUUACUGGAUAAGGGAAACUGGUUCUCACAAAUGAAGUCUUAAGUGAUUGUGUAUAUUAAAUGAUGAUAGAUUAGGUGCUUAUGAAGUAAAUAAAGCUGCGUGUUGAUUA